AUGUUCCAGUGUAUUAAGGCUGUCUACUUCUCUGUCCUGCCAGGCUCAGGACAGAAGGGACAGGAACCCAAAAGAAAGGCUGAAGGGGCUAAAGGGGACGAAGCCAAGGUGAAGGACGAGCCACAGAGAAGAUCUGCAAGGUUGUCUGCUAAACCUGCUCCUCCAAAGCCAGAGCUCAAACCUAAGAAGGUCCCUGCAAAGAAGGGAGAGACGGGGAAAGCCGAUGCCAGUAAGGAUGCGAAUGUUCCUGCAGAAAAUGGAGAUGCCAAAACAGACCAGGCACAGAAAGCUGAAGGUGCUAGAGAUGCCAAGUGACUUGUGUGCAUUUUUGAUAACUGUGUACUUCUGGUGACUGUACAGUUUGAAACAUUAAUUUUUAUCAAGUUUUAUAAAAUGCAGA